UAAAAUAAUUAGCAUCAAAUAAAUUAUUAUUAUUAAACUAUUAUUUAUUCAAAUAAGCGCUGGCACGUGCAGGUCAAUUUGUUUAAGUGACAUGUAAAAGUGACAUUCUACGAAGUGAAAUGUAAAUAAUACGAUCAAACAACUGAAAACAGAAAAGAACCACACGUAAUUUUUUAUGAAAUUUAAAGACAGCCUUAAAAACAUUUAAUGUGAAUAAGCACAGGAAUUUAUCAAGUUUACUAAUGAGUGAAUAGUUUUGCCCCUUUUGCCCGACGAUGAUCAAACUAUUAUGAAGAGAAGCUUCGGAGCUCCGAAUUCCGAGGUGCAAUGGAACGCAGCAUGUACAGACAGGCAGUAUUGGCACAGAAAUGCAUUCUGGGUCAUGGUCAACAUGGCAGCUCACAGUGUUGCCUGUGGAUUACUGUAGAGCUUAACGAGUAUUUUUGACCAAAUGAGCUCGUUAUCACAGAAAUAAACAUUAAACAUGUUUCAUAUUCUUUGCAGUAAAGCAAGCAUCGCUGCUCCCGCGCGGUCGCUGACGUUAUACCCGCGAUGUAGUAAGACAGCAGACAUUUGGAAACUGUCACGGUGGUAUAUAUCUCCAGGAUCCAAUGGAUUCAGUUCCUCACCGCAGCCUGGUAAUGCCGUCAGUCGUUUUUGGAGCUUCACUCAGAGAGCCGUCCGCCAGUCUGCCACCAGAACAUCCAAACCCCCGGGGGUGGCUCUGAAGUUCAUCCUGGGACCAGCGGUACUCACUGUCUCUACCAGGCUGUUUUGCCAUGUAGCUUACUGUGAGGCAGAUGUGAACAACAACACCCUGGUGGAUGUUGUAGCCCAAAAACCUGCGCCCGAGUUCAAAUGGCAUAUCCUGUGGGAAUUUGUAAAACCGCAGCUCUUUGCUCUCAUUGGGGCUAUUGUGCUCGCUUUCGGUGCAGCCAUCUUGAAUAUCCAAAUCCCCUUGAUGCUCGGGGAUCUGGUGAAUGUUGUGGCACGUUACCUGAGAGACCAAACCGGGAAUUAUGUCCGUGAGAUAACGGGUCCAGCACUGAAACUACUUGCACUGUAUGGUGUCCAAGGCCUACUGACGACUGGCUACAUCAUCCUGCUCACUCGUGUGGGGGAGAGAGUGGCAGCAGACAUGAGAAAGACCCUUUUCGCAUCCUUACUGAGGCAAGAUGUGGCUUUCUUUGAUGCUAAUAAAACAGGGCAGCUGGUGAAUCGCUUGACUGCUGACAUUCAGGAGUUCAAGUCAUCUUUUAAAAUGGUUAUUUCUCAGGGUCUGCGGAGUAUUACACAGACAGUCGGAUGUUUUGUCUCUCUCUACAUCAUGUCCCCUAAACUCACAGGUCUGACAGUGGUCGUCCUUCCCUGUCUGGUGGGAGCUGGGGCUUUCAUCGGCUCAUUCCUCCGCAAACUAUCCCGUCUGGCUCAAGAACAGGUGGCAAAAGCAACAGGAGUGGCGGAUGAGGCACUUGGCAAUGUGCGCACAGUGAAAGCGUUUGCCAUGGAGGAGCGAGAGCUCCAGUUAUAUGCAUAUGAAGUUGACAAAUCGGGUGAAAUUAAUGAAAGUCUUGGUGCUGGAAUAGCAGUUUUCCAAGGACUGUCGAACAUUGCCCUGAAUUGCAUUGUUCUGGGAACUAUUUUCGCUGGAGGGACUUUAAUUUCUAGGAAUGAAAUGACCCCUGGAGACCUCAUGUCUUUUCUGAUUGCUUCCCAGACUGUUCAGAGGUCCUUGGCCAGUAUCUCUAUCCUUUUUGGACAGGUGGUGAGAGGAACAAGUGCUGGGGCCCGGGUUUUUGAAUAUCUCAUUUUGAAGCCAACCAUCCCACUCUCUGGGGGAGGACGCAUCCCGUACAAUUCUCUGACGGGACGAGUGGACUUUAUGAACAUUUCGUUCAGUUAUCCAACAAGACCUGGCCAUCAGAUUUUGAAGAGGUUCAGCUUGACGCUGCCUCCGAGUAAAACUGUUGCCAUUGUUGGAGAAUCUGGAGGAGGAAAGUCCACAGUGGCGUCCUUGCUGGAGCGUUUCUAUGACCCGACCAGCGGUGUAGUCAUGGUGGAUGGAAUUGACAUUCGGACACUUGACCUGUCGUGGCUGAGGGGGCAUGUUAUUGGAUUUAUCAAUCAGGAGCCAGUUUUGUUCGGUUCAUCUAUCAUGGAGAACAUCCGCUUUGGGAAGCCUGAGGCCACAGAUGCUGAGGUCAUUAACGCAGCCAAGCAAGCCAAUGCUCACCGCUUCAUUACCGGUUUCCCAGACGGCUAUAGCACUGUGGUUGGUGAGCGAGGAGCGACACUAUCAGGUGGCCAGAAACAGCGCAUUGCCAUCGCCCGGGCCCUGAUCAAGAACCCCUGCAUCCUGGUGCUGGACGAAGCCACCAGCGCCUUGGAUGCGGAAUCGGAGCGAGUGGUACAGGAGGCUCUGGACAGGGCCACAAGGGGUCGCACUGUGCUCAUUAUAGCCCACCGGCUGAGCACCAUUCAAGGGGCUGACCUCAUCUGUGUCCUGAGCAAUGGAUGCAUUGUGGAGGCUGGGACUCACUUGGAACUGCUGAGCAAAGGAGGAAUUUAUUCUGAUCUGAUCCGCAGGCAAAGAGCCGAGGGACAGAAAUGAACACUGGAAAACAUGUUUACUCUAGAACGACAAUAAAUAAUGGAGUUUAUUUUUAAAUGCAUAGGGAAGGCGAGGGAGGACAUGAUGAAUUUUGUAAAAAUGUAUUGUAAAUGUACAAUCUCCAUGUCUACUUUUAUGACAAACUCAAAUUGUACGUACUUUAUAAGUGGACCAACUUGGUCAGCCUGUGACGAUUAACAAAUCACUCUCCUGGACAGUCUUAAGUGGGAAGUUCAGAACACCUGUCUUGACCUGUAUAGAAUGAUAAAAUAUAAUGUAUAGAAAAAUGUAUUAAAAUUUGUUUUGAUUA